AUGAAUUUUAUGGAGCCCUUUUUUCGAAUCGCUCUUCUUUUUUUGUCUAUCAUUGAUAUUUUCACCGAGGCUAUACACUUUUUUCAGCCUUCUGUCACGGAAAGUCCCAAAUACUUGGGCAAAUCGCUUACAGUCUAUUACAAGCACCAUAUCGGGGCGUACUCUGGUGUCAGUGCGAUAUUCAAAGAAGUUCGCGAACUUUUGCCUUCAGGAGCAACGACUUUCGGCAUUUAUUAUGACAAUCCAAGGGAACGUGACGAGCACCUUCUUCAAUCCGCUGUCGGAGUCAUAUUCGGAGAAGACGGUAAAGAUCUUUAUACGAACAACUACUCACAACAGCUAACUCGAUGGGGUUACGAAAAGAUGGUUCUGCCUAAGGUUGAUCGUGCCGUGGAAGCCACACAACCUUUCACAGGGUAUCUGUCAAUGUUCGCUUUAAUCUACCGCACAUAUGGCAUUAUUUGGCAAUACAUCAUGGAUAACCGCUUGGAAACUACUAUAGCUCUCGAGUUCUACGAUAACGAUGGGGUUUGCGUUUCGUUCCCACUUGAUCACACAGAGGAAUUCGUAGUUCCUGAGGUAAGUUGA